AAAAAAAUAUAUAUAUAUAUCUGAUCACCGCAGUAACUUGCAAAAUCGAAAAAAAUUUAGAAGACUUUCUUUUUAUACCCACAAUUUAUAUACCACAUACCUUUUUUUUUUUACUUGUAAACCUACACCCUACAAAAUGUCAUCACAAACCGAUACAGUCAACAAUAAAACUUCAGUGUCCAAUCUAGAUAACAAAACUUCCUCAUCUAAAGUCCCUUUAAAGGAACCAACACUUAAACUUAAUAUGGAAGAAUACCGUGAAAUGAAGAGACUUAAGGCUGUUGGUGACGUGACUGCCAUCGAAAAUUUAGAAAAGAAGGUUCGUCAACGUAUGGAGUUGGAGUUAGCUUCAGAUCCUACAAGAACCGCAACAACUUCUAUGAGUAAUAAGAAGACAGCUACUUCAAAACAAGUCAAGUCAACAAUUACAACAACAUCAAGUCCUAGCGGCAAUGUUUCCGUCAAAAAUGACAAAACCGCUGUAGUAAAUCAUAAAAGAAUAGAAACUAAUGUGUCGACUUCUAAAAAUGGUAAUAUGGUAAGUAGCGAGGACAAGAAAGUUUCUGUUAAGAAAACAAAGCCAAAUACUACAACGACUUUAAAAAGUACCAGUGAAAUUUUGACUAUUAACAAAGAAAAACAGAAAGAAAAAUCAAAACCUUCCGGAUUAACAUCUAAAAUUAACUAUGGACCUAACAAAGAGAAAUCUGCCGCCAUUCGUCAAGAAAAUUUAAUAUCCUCGACAUCAACUUCAAAAGUUACUAAAGGUAUUUUGCUUAAUAACAAAGGCAGACAAACUAGUGUUAAUAAAGAUGUGACAGGAAACAAAGUUCCAUCAAGCACGAGUGCAAACAAAUCAGUACUAAAAUUUGAAAAAUAUGUUGAGCGAUGGAAAUCAUAUCGAGAAAGGGAUGAGAAAUAUAAGCCUUUGGAAUUAUUUUUACCACCAGAAAUUUUAAAUGAUAAAAAUAGGAUGAUCACUAUAGAAAAAAUUGCGAAAGAAUUUGAAUUGGAAAGGCUUCGAAAGCUUUUAAAGCAAGAUAUGGAAAAACCAAACGGUAAUAAGAAACUAGCUCAAAAGAGAAUUGAAAAAUUUAAUAAUUAUGGCAAAACUUACACCCGAUUAGAAAUCGCUGCUGCUAGGAAUGAGGAAGGCCCGAAAACAGAUCAGAAAAUUCGUGCACAUAUAGCUUUUCUUAAUGAAAAAAAUAUUAUUAAUAAAAAAAUAACCUCGUUAGAUGUUAUCGCAGACCCUCAUUAUUUGAAAAAAGGGUUAGAACAAUUUCAAAAAUUUUUGCAACAUAAAGAAAUGGAAAGGAAAAGAAAACUUAAAGGAACAUGGGAAUUCAAUCGCCAAGAAAAAUUGGAAGAAGAAAGGAAACGCAAACGCCAACAAACAUUGGAAAUAGAAAAAAAAAGUGAAAAACUGGGAGGAAAACUUGCAGAGCAAAAACGUCAUCAUGAAAGUGUAGCAGAAACAAAGAGGCGUCAAGAAAUAGAAAGGGAGCGGGCACGCAGAGUCUCCAAAGCGGAAGUUCAACAUCGACAUAAUCGAAUGGAAGACUUGCGUUCCAAAAAUAGUAAUGCUUCAAAGAAAACAAUGACAAAUAGAAGUGAGGCUACAAAAUCAACUUCACUUAAGAAAAGAACAUUUGAUGAACGUUCAGAAGUUUCACCUUCUUCUCGAGCACAAAAAAGAAGAAAUGUUGGGAGUAAUGAACUCGAUAUUUGUAGAUUGGAUGAAGCAACAGUUAACCGGAAUCUGUCCUCGAUUAUCCAUUCAAUAGUUCGUCCUGGAAGACGACCAAUAUAUGGGAUGAUAGACGAUCAUGAUGACGACGCAAUGGAGGUGUCUGGAUAUGAGGUUCUUCGUGAAGAAGCACGCAGCUCCCGUCUUGCGAAGAAAGAAGAUGAUGAUGAAGAACGCGCGGAACAGCAGCGACGCCUUAGAAAGCUUAAUAAAAAAAAGGUCCGGGGUUAAUGCAGAGAUUUAAUGCAUAAUAGUAUUUCUUUCACAAACUAUUACAUAAAACCAUUAUUAUUAUUAUUAUUAUUAUUCUAUAUUAUAUAGAGGUUGAAUUUAAAGCAAGUAAAGAUUAUUAUUAUUAAACAAGUCAGUAAUUAAUUUACAUAUCGCAACAAUAAUCAUAUCGAAUAAAAAAAAAUGUAUAUAUUUGUGGGUUCAAUUGUAAUAUUUGUAAAAAAGUAUAAAAGUAGAUAAUAAACUGA